AUGUUCGCGAGCACAACAAGAGUCUUAACGACGGAAAGCCGAGUCCACCCAACGAGACGGUGGAAAUCUAAUAACGCCACGAGGGUGGCGAAAAUCAAAGCGUCGUCAUCAAAUCUAGAAGGCGCAGAAAGCGUUCAAUUAGGAACCGCGAAGUUACCUGCAGAUAUUAACGUCGAAACUUUCUCAUCUUCGCUUUUCCAGUGGGCAACGACUCUAACGACGAGCGGUCAGAACAUGCCGUUUGUCCUGCCGCAAAAAGUAGAUAAAACUGAAACUGGAUUCGAGAUGGAUUUCUUGAAAUCUAAUCCGAACGACCCUGGCUCGUUCGUCAGCGUUGGUACGAUUGAAGCGAAAGUAGAGGAGAUUGAUGACGGUUCGAAGAUUCUAUUUUUGAGAGGCUACGGCGAUGUGAAAGUGCCGAAAAAGCUGGUGGACGUUCCUAUUGUCAUGCAAACUAUGCCAAAUGCAAUCAAACGAGCUAUCACAGUCUCUAUGCCAUGA